CCCCUACGGAAGCGGGUGCCCGGCGGUGGUCUCGGUCCUGGCGGCUCCGGCAAGUCUUCCGGUGUCCCCAGCCUGGCCAAAUAUGCCAGCCUAGAUGACUACCUGACUAAGGCAAGCUUGUUAACGGAUUCUGGCAUGUCCGACGUUGAUGACAUCGCGGAGGUUGAACUUCCUGGUGGAGGCGCUGGCAAUAACAGUGCUUCGGCUGUGGCCCUUGAAAACGUCCAGAAGACAAAGGCGUCCAGCAAGCGAAAGCAGGCAUUGGCGGAUGCAAAGGCCAGUCACGGAUUCACCCAUUUGGCCACCUGUCGAAAGGCCACCAUCCGUCUCACCGAAAUCGGUCCUCGUUUGACCCUUAAACUGAUCAAGAUUGAAGAAGGCGUCAACUCGGGCAGCGUGCUCUACCACAGCUGGCAGGUAAAAUCUGCCGUCGAGGAGACUGUGCAGAUACAGCAGCGUCAGCAGAAGGAGGCUGAAAAGACUGCCCGCAAGACCUUCCAGGAACAGCGUCGACAGGAGCACGAGGCUGCUAAGGCCCAGCAUCGACAGAGUUGCCUUGAGGGUAUGCGCAAAGCUGGUAAACUUCCCACUGAGACUGCUGACGGCCAGGAUGAUGUCGAUGUUUCCGGAGAGGAACAGCAGGUGCCAGAGGCCGACGGGGUGGAGGAAGAGGAGGAAUUCGACGAACUCAUCCACCAGGUGACGGAUGAUGAGGCUGAGGAGGAGGAAGUCGAAGAAGGAGAGGUGGACGAGGCGGGUAGUCGAGCUGCAAUGCCGUUGGCAGGGGUCUCCCAGUCCAGUCGCAGUGGACGGAUAAAGAAGAAGAAGACGAAGAAGCUGAAGAUUCCUCGCAAGCAUCCGGCCUACAAAUAUUUAAUGGAGAAGGAAAAACGCAAGGAAAAGUCAUCAGGAAAGAUGUGGUCCUCUCGCGCCUGA